AUGGAAGGGGGAGGGAAGCGGGUGGGUGCACAGGGACCAAGGGUAGAGGCCUUGCACUCAGCAUGGAAGAAAAUUCAGCCAGAAUCCCUGGAGAUGGCUUCUCCUUCGGACCCCCACCGAAAUCUGCGAACAUUGCCUGGUGGCAUCACGGAAUCACAAAACUACGCUGCCACUCUAGACUUGGGCACUGUGGAGGAAGAGGGUCCACUGCAGCUUGUUGGCAUGUCGGAUUCAUUAAGGAUGAAUGACGUAUCCAAACCAGCACCAUCCCCACCAAACCAGGUGCUGCAACAUGAGAUCUUUCGUGUUGAUUCUGAAGGGCCUGAGGCCUUUGGGAUCACUUACAUGGUCAACAUCGGUGGCAAGUACAAAUAUUGCAGAAUGCCAAGUACCAAGGAAUAUAGAGAGUGGUGCGCAGCAAUCGUUGAAGUCUCAGGUUUCUCAGAGACACGUACUUUCAAGCAUGAAUUCACAUGGAAAAUGUACUCAGCGCCAAAGAAUCAGGACCCAGUGGCAGUUGACAACAAAACUGAUUAUGAGAUGAUGAUCAGUGAUGUGACCGAAAAAGUGAAGGGGAAGAAGGAACCAUCUGUCGCAAUUCUUAUCAGUAAUUUGCCUCCGAAAGAUGAAAUACCCCAUGGCAAGCAGAAGUCAAAGAAGGCAAAACUUAAGUCAUAUAAGCCAGACUCGUCAUCCCCCUCAAAUUCUGAUAAUGAUUCCGAACCCAAGCAAUGCAAAAUCCCCAAACUACCAGUCCGUGAUAUUGAAGAGAAGCUAAGGCAGAUGAAUGAUUUCUGCAAAUCACAUAAGUCGCACUGUUGUGUAUUAUCAACCCCUGGCUAUGUGGGCAAACAUGUUAUCUUGAACAAGUCUGCCGUUAAGCGCUGGGCCCAGUCAGUUGAUAACGGCAUUGCCUCAUUUGAAGAACCCCCGAUGUAUCUUGUCAGAGAAAGUGUUGCUGAUGCUGAAGUCCCCCCUCCACCUGGUGGAAAGAAGAACGAUGGCAAGACAAAAUCCACUUCUCAACCAGCUCUACCACCCCAAACUUUGCCAUCCCCUGUGAAUGGUGGACCGGAAAUGGUUCUCAUGCCGAAUGCUCCUCUCCAAAGCGGUCCCAUUCCAGUUGGUCCCUCUAUGUGGCCUACAAUGUACACUGCAUAUCCUCCACCAUAUCACUAUCCAUUCCCCUUUCCAGAUCCAAGGACUGCUUUCCUCCCUCAUCACUACCCAUUCCCGGGUGGUUAUAGUGCUGACAGCCACUCCCAUACCUAUGGAGAUUAUCACUGGCAAACAGGAUUAUCGCAGUUAGCUCCACAAAGCAGUGAGGACCUUACUCCGCCCCCUUCAGCAUUCCCCACUGUUGAACGCUGGCUAGACAAACUCGAGGAUGACUCAGACUUCAAUCCAGAUGGACUGCUCUUCAGUCAAUAUCUGGUGGAGAUAAAUGACCUGGGGUACCUCCACAUAGGUGAGUUAUCCAGAGCUUGUUUGAGCGAUGGGCUUCACGGACUUGGGGUCAACAUCCCUCAUGGUCUUUCUGAGAAGCUGUGCCAUGCAAUGCACCACAAAAUCUGGAGAAUUUCAUGA